GAUUUUGACAGUUAGUGCAUUAUUAUAUUGCUUACAAAAUUUUGCGAUUCCUUGAUUUGCUGCAAUUUUGUAUUUAAUAGGUGUUUAUGUCAGAAUAAUAGAAUAAACGAUAAAUGUUUCAUAAAGAAGCGGUCGUUCUUAUAUAAUCAAACACUAAAUUAAAGUGACACAAACAGGAGUUCGGCAAAUAGACUAUCUACAUACAAUACAAAACUAUGGAAGCAAGCAUCUUAUAACUUGAUUUUAAACUUGUUUAAGUUGAAUUUAUAAGUCGUCUUCAUGUUGAUUCUAUGCCACAAUUAUUUUCGCGUUGCCCAAAAUAACAAGAAUGAUAAUGACGACAUCCAGCAUUUCAGUAAAAAGAAGUUUGUGUUCGGAUUGUUCAUCCUUUUAUUGGUUGAUGUAUUGUGGGUGGUGUCGUCCGAGCUGACAAAGUACAUCUAUAUAGAGGAAAAAAUUGAUAGGCCCUUCCUGGUGUCCUAUAUACGCAGCUCUUUGUUAUUUGUUUACCUUGUGGGGUUGUGUUUCUCGCCGCCCACCCGAGACCCCUGUAGACCUGCAGAUUACACACAAUUGUUAGAACCCAAUGCUGAGGCAGAUGAGGAUAACUUUUUUACUGAAUCAAACAACAGUUUGGGAGACUCAACAUUUGUGCCUGUCCGCGCCGGAGAGACAACAGACAGUGAUGAUGCGACUCCUCGUGCAGUGCGCUUCAACAAAGUGGCUGAGGUACGGGUGAUGUCCGCGGCGAUGGCUGGCGAGGCGUUGCUGGCGCGGCUGUCCUGGGCCGCGUCGCUCCGCGCCAGCGAGUUCGCGCAGCGCCGCGCCGCCGCCGCCGCCACGCGCCGCCACCUGCGCAUGGCGCUCGUCUUCACAGUACCGUGGUUCAUCUCCAACUACUUGUACCGGCUGAGCCUGCGCAGCGCGCGCACGGGGUCGGCGACGCUGCUGGCGUCGGCGGCGGGCGCGCUGGCGCUGGCGCUGGGCGCGCUGCUGCGGCCCGCGCCUGCAGACCGCUUCACGCUGUCCAGGCUGGCCGGCGUACUCCUCACGGCGGCCGGACUGGUGGUGGUCGGAGUGUGGGAGCAGGCGGACUGGGCGGGCGUGCUGGCGGCGCUGGGCGCCGCGCUCACCUACGCGGUGCACCUGUUGCUGUUCCGGCUCGAGAUGCGGAAGGGAGAGGGCAUCAACUCGCCGCUGCUAGUCGGUCUGGUGGGUUGCGCUUGCGGCCUGGGAGGCUGGGCGUUAGGAGGCGCCCUGGCGGCCAGCGGCGCCGAGCGGCUGGCGCUGCCCGCCGCGCCCGCGCUGUCCUGGCUGCUGCUCGACGCGCUGCUCGGCCCGCUCCUGCUGGAGUCGCUGUGGCUGUGGGGCCGGUCGCUGACGUCGACGCACGUGGCGACGAUGGCGCUGUCGCUGACGCUGCCGCUGGGCGCGGGCUGGGACGCGCUGUGGGCGGGCGGCGCGUGGCGGCCCGCCGCCGGGCUGCUGGCCGGCGCCGGCUGGCUGCUGGCCGCCGCUGAUCCUUCUGCUGACCCGGCCAGCGUCUGGCUCAGGUCGAGGCUAAGGACUGACGGCUUCGAGGUGAUAAGAAACAUCCCAGACUUGGACGAGCAGUCAGAGGCGCUGAUGUCCGCCGACGAGCCGACGUAGCGAGCCUCGCCAACGGUUUGUGUGGACACUUCUUGUUAUGCCUAGUCUGAGCAUCCAACACGCUGCUGUACACCUCACCCGCAUCGCUGGUGGCCUGGUACUUUUCUAACGUUUUUCCUAUUGCGAUUCAACUGGUUGCUUUUUCGACAAGGUUCAGAUAUCCUAGUGUUAGUCCUAAGUUAAUGAAACUUGCAAAUCAUUAUAUUAAAAUAGUCAUUGUCUAAUAUAUGUAUGGCAAGAGUAAGUUGUUAUAUCACAAAAUAUCCAUAAAUUAUAAUGUUCAGCCAAUAGGUAACUAGAGUUAUAAUUUAUAAUUAUUUUAUACGCUUCAUUUUAAUAAAAAUAAAUUAAAAGCGAAACUAACAAUCACGCUUAAAGGGAACUGUGAGACAGCCAGAGCUAACAACACGGCCACGCAGCGAGUAGUGUGUCGUCUGACUACCACUAUAAAUGUACCACUAUUCACAACAUAGCAUUUAUACAUAGACUUAGACAUUUUAAAAUGCAUGUUACCCAUAGCUAAAACAUUCCAGAUAGUUGUUGUUAUUUAUUACUUUAGAUGUACCACUACAAGUUUAAACAAUAGUGACCGAGUGAAAUCAUAUGUAUAGUUGACUUACGAGUAAGUAUAUUUAACGUAAGAAGGAUUUAUAAUGUCUACGGUAUUAUUAUUCAAUCUUUUUGAAUCACGUGUGUACUUUUAUGUUAGCACCAAUAUGUGUGCGUCAUUGCUUGGGCUCCUGAAUUGUAUUCUUGAUUUGGUUUUCGAUAAAUAUAAUGUAAAUAAUAUAUUUAUAGUUCGUGCACGUGACGUUAUGAAAUGUGAUACCAUAAUGGACUUAAGCUUAACUUCCUUCACGAGUGACAAUAUUCUCUUAUAUUAUAUCUCUGUGCCUUUAUUUGUAUUUAAUCUAGGCUGGUUUCUAGGGCAGCCAACAAGCAAGAAAUUAUUUAAUUUGAUCUCAGAUCUCAAUAAUCAUAUAAUUUUAAUACGCGACUUAAAUUACAUAACUUUUGAUUAUUACUACUUCUUUGAUUAUUAUUACUUUUUUGCUUUGGGUAUUAUACUGAUGAAUAAAUCACCAGAUGAUGAGAUAAAAAGAUAAUUAGGUAUAUUUUGACUGUUCAUAGUCCCCAGAGCCCAGUUCUUUUAAAUAAAGAAACUGUUGGUUAUAAAUGUUAUAAUGUAUAAUACAUUCGGUUAUAAAACAGCCAAAGCUGUAGUGUAUUUAAAUUUAGGAAAUAUGAAUCGACUGACUAUUAUCGUCACUAAAACCUUGUUAAACACUAUCAAAAAGUGAGCUGUAACACCACACUUGUGGUUAGUCAGUGCAUAUUAAAGUCAAUAAAAGUGAUUCCCAAUGCGAAAAUUCACGCAAAUCCCAAUUCUCCAAAUGCAAUGAAGUACCGGUAACCGGCCUAUUCAUAUUUCCUAAAGUAACUAGAAAUAAGGUUUAAAUUUGAGUCUUUUUUUUAUUGUGCUACAUUUUUGUAAAUUUCGUCUACAAAUUUAGCAUUAUGACAUUUCGUCGCGCAAUAUUUUAAUGUGAUUUUUAUUACUUUAAUACUAUUAACGAUUUAUUUGACGCUUUUAAACGAAACGCUUUUGUUGUUUUGUCGUUUUUUGUAAUGUAAUUUAGUGAAUUUCAUAAAAUCUGUAGUUUGUAACCAAGCACAGCACAGGAGGGUUUGAGACACUUUGUGUACAUCUGUAAUUCUGUACAUUGAAGAAUCUUAUUCAUAAAAUACAUUGUAAUGUUAAUAAUUUGGAGAUUGUAAUGACCACCAUACGUCCAAAAAUACGCUAUAAGAGCUCGUGAUUAUAACGAGCUCAUAAGAGCUCAUGAUUAUAACGAGCUCUUUCAAUCCUUACCGAGAAAAUAUGUUCCCUAUUUUUUUGUUCAUUUUGUCAUUAUUUUGUCACUUUUUUAAUACAACCUUCUAUGACCAAAACAAUUUGGACAAACAAAAAAAUAUGAAAUUCGGGGGAGACCUUUUUCCCGUAUUAGAGCCCAUCUGUAAUAGACAUUUAAAUAACAGCUAGGUCUUUUAUAUACCAAAUACUCACUAUUAUAUAUUGAAAUAAAGAGCCUAAAUUAAUUAAUUAGCUUUUAUUCAACACACGUAUAGUUUACAGUUAUUAGGUUACAUAGACAAGACAGCCGGCGUAGUCUAUGUCAUAGAGCAGGGAAACGUUCCGUUCCUCACACUCACAAAUACCAAGCAAAAAUUCUAGGUAUUAUGCACGUGGAUUUUUGCUCGCGUUAUUUACUAAUGCGUUAUAUAACAGCAAACACUCGUCCGAACAUUGUCACUCUAUGUUUAAGAUUCUUCAAUUCAUCACGUAAUUUAUAAUAUAUAAGCUAUUUUAUUUUAGAUAAGAUUGUAUACGUGUGUAAAUAAUAGAUACAUCUACAAAAGCUUGUACUUAUAGAUUUCCAGGUAAUCCAGAAUUCCUAUGACUCCUACAAUUGUACUUGUGAACCUAUUUCAUUAAACAACCUCUGUAACUUAUAAUAAAACAAACCGAUACAAAUUUACAUGAUCCUUAUUACGGAUCGAGUGUUAUUGGACCUGGUAAAAAUGCAAGGAUGGUAUUAUGUACCUUGGUAUGAUGCGCAAGUUCCUUAAUAUUACAUUAGUCAUUACAAUAAGAAUUCUAAUACAUAUUUCAGAUUUUAAUGUCCCGGUUUCUUAAUGAAUUUCAAGCCAAUUCUUAUGUGUUAUUAUUCAAUUUAAGGCAAGUAACUAAAUUUUUAUUAUAUCAUAAUUAAUGCCGCAUAACGUGUACUUGUGGAUUCUAUAAAUAAAGGAUUACAAGACGCAUAAGGUAGUGCAAAUUAUGGUAGCCGUUGACUGAACUGUCCUAUAACGUACGUACGACGUACAGUCACCUGCAAUAAUAUGUUACACAACGAAGGCUGCAAAAAUAUCUGACACGAUAUUAUUUGUAGAGCAAUAAGAGCGUGUCACAUAUUUUUGCGGCCCUCGAAAAGUAACAUAUUAUUGCAGGCAGGCCGAUGUCAAACUAACAGACGCAGCGACGCAACAUAAUAAUAACAUAUGUAUCUCGGAGUGAGUUUCGCGAUAUGCCAGCAUUCAACCCCUUAACCGCUAAAAAGCCACAGACGCGCACGGUUACGCUUUAAUUAUUAACCUUCGUGAAUUCCAAUAAGGUUUACGAUGGCGUAUUGUAUUGGUAAUAUUGGUAUAAUAGUCGUGGCGUUCAAAGGAUUGAAGCUUAUUUGUCCGCGUUACGGCACGAAGCUUUAAAACCAUCCGAUGGCAAGAGACUGUUCCUAUGAAAGAAGUAGAUGUAUGGGUAAUCCAAAUUACUCGUAAAUAUUAUUACCUAGAAGAUCCACUUUUCCUCAUGCUCUCAAGCACCACUUUCUGUGUAAAAUAAAAUACAUAAUCAUCAGGGUCGUCUUAAACUAUGCUGGGGCCCCUGGGCACUUAAGAAUUUGUGGCCCUUUUGGAAAGUAAAGAAAACUAAUUAAAUAAAACCGGGCAAGUGCGAGUCGGACUCGCGCACGAAGGGUUCCGUACCAUAAUGCAAAAAAAAAACGAAAAAAAAAAAGCAAAAAAAACGGUCACCCAUCCAAGUACUGACCACUCCCGACGUUGCUUAACUUUGGUGAAAAAUCACGUUUGUUGUAUGGGAGCCCCAUUUAAAUAUUUAUUUUAUUCUGUUUUUAGUAUUUGUUGUUAUAGCGGCAACAGAAAUACAUCAUCUGUGAAAAUUUCAACUGUCUAGCUAUCACGGUUCGUGAGAUACAGCCUGGUGACAGACGGACGGACGGACGGACGGACAGUGAAGUCUUAGUAAUAGGGUCCCGUUUUACCCUUUGGGUACGGAACCCUAACUAGCAUUUUUUCUAUGAUCUUCUAUUUAUUAUGGGCAAAUUAUGGGUAAUCAAAUAUACUGUACUGUUACUGUUUGACCUUCGGGGCCUGAGGAUGGUGCCCUUAUGAUAAAGACGGUACUGAUAAUCAUGGCAAGGACAGUAUUAAAUGGAUUAUGUGUUACAAGAGUUGUGGCAAUAUAUUUUAUUAUUACCUUGA